GCUACUAAAUUACAGAGCUGUCGUAAAUAAUAAAGAUGGCAGUCAACGACAACACAUCCACAUCAGCGACGAAUUUCAUGCUGGACAUGGAUGACUAUGAUAUUAACCAACCGCCUCCGUACUCAAAAUCAAAUCAAUUUACGUCUCCAAACGAAUUUCAGUUUAUACAAACAACAACAACAGGUAACAUGGAAGGAACAAUUGACACCAGCCAGUCCUCGGCAGCCCCAGCUGGUCUCAGCUAUGGAGUGAAGAACCGAGGCAAGGCGGGACAGUUCCUGGAGAGUAAAGGGUUUGGUUGGCUCCUUGAGGAGGAAGAUGCUGACCAUGAGGACAUGGAACCCUUGCUGGAGGAGCUGGACAUAGAUCUGAAGGACAUCUAUUACAAGUUACGCUGUGUGUUGUUCCCACUUCCGCAGCUGGGCUUCAAUCGACAUGUGGUGAGGGAGAACCCAGACUUCUGGGGCCCCCUUGUUGUGAUCUUGCUCUACUCACUCCUUUCAUUGUAUGGACAAUUCAGGGUGGUGUCCUGGAUAAUCACCAUCUGGAUUUUUGGAUCUCUCAUCAUCUUCAUGUUGGCCAGAGUGUUAGGGGGAGAGGUGAGCUACUCUCAGUGUCUGGGUGUCAUUGGUUACUCUGUCCUUCCGCUGGUGUUGAUAGCACUGAUUAUGCCGCUGUUUGCAUCAUUACACUAUCUAGCUUUGAUAGUUAAGUUUCUUGGUGUUAUUUGGGCUGCGUUCAGUGCUGGAUCAUUACUGUGUGUUCAAGAACUGCAACAAAAGAGGCCGCUGCUGUUAUACCCGAUAUUUCUGCUCUAUGUGUAUUUCUUCUCCUUGUACACCGGUGCAUGAACUGGAAGGGAAUCUCAUUUUCAUCAAAUUCAUGUUCUGUAUUAUGUGAAUUGUUUUGCUGGAUUAUUGUGCGGUUCUUAAACCUGUUCUAAGGCUAUUGAACAACCCAUGCGAAAGACAUUGGACCUCGGACAUCUCCGAUAAAAUUUGCUGAGGUCCGGUAUUAUCCAGAAACUGUCAGACCUCGUGUCAGACAAUAAAACUACUAGUAUGUGAAUAGUGUUUUAGUUAAAAAUGGAAAGAAACUAGGAAUAUAUUAAACAAAAGUACGGACUUGUUUAUCUUUAUUUUUACUUCGAUUGAUUAUUUGACUUUAUAAUAAAGCGGAUUUUACCAACCAUCCUACUAGCUAUUUUUGCUGGUGAUAUAUCAAACUCCAAGCACAAUUCUUAGAACCAGUCAAAUAUUGCACAUGGUUUGUAUUUAUCAAAGGGCUAUCUUCACUUUGAUUUGAAAGUUUUACCAUCUGUUUUCAUAGAAUGGGUUUAAAUUUAGUUGCUUUUUUAUAGUAUUAAGAGUUGUUAAAAAACGUCAUAAUAAUAAAAAUAAACUUUAUUAAAGGUAUUGUCUAUUGUUUGGUUAAAGAAGAACAGGGUCAGGUAAAAUCUUUUGAGUUGUGGUAAAUUUUAAAAGUUAUUGGACCUCAUGUCUGGUAAGAUUUGUUUGUCUUUUGCAUGGGUUGCUAGAGAAUCAAGGAAAAUAUCCCAAUGGAUAUGGAAAGUUCUUCAAAAGAAUCAUUUUUAGUGGCUAAUAUAUGGUUUUGUAUAAAGUGUGAGGUGAAUAUAGGUUUACCUCUUUGGGUAUUUUAUUAUAACCAGUGCACGAUUGUGGUUAACUACAUGCAAUAUACUUAUUACUUGUGUUAAGACACUUUUUUGCAAGGUCCUGAUAUUAAGAGUCAAAAAAAUAUAAUCACUAAACAACUGGCUGUAUUUUAAAACUUAUCCUUAAAUUAUUAUUCAUUAAGCAAUGCACUUGUCUGCCCCUAUGUCUGUCUGUAUCUCUAAAUGUUUGUGUGUUCAACUACUCUGUUACUAAUUGGUGUAAAUAUGUGUUGCAUAUUAUUGCAUAAAACUAAGGUGUUUUCUGUGAUAUUUGAUUGAUAAUUGAUUAUUUAAACGAGCCAUAUUUGUUUAUAUGUGCUAUAGGUUUACAUUUUUUUCAUGAUCAUUAUUUUUUUUGUUCAAGAAUGUUUUGUAUUUUAUAAAAGGUUGACAAUAUUUAUUAUAAGGUGAAUAUUUUGACUUUCUUUCAUAGGAUUUGAAGAAAAUAGUUGUAAAACAUAUUUAUCACAUGCCAGACCCUGUUUCCCAUGAUAUUUAACCAUUACGAAUAUUUUUAUCUUACACAUGUGUUAUAUACUUUUUAAGCGAUAGUUUUUGUUCGAUUGACCAAUCGCAUUUUGUUAUUUUGCUGAAAUGACGUUGCAACGUCAAAUGACGUCACAAAAUGUAAACAACAUUCAGGAUUUAUCAUUAUGUUUGCAUAAAUAUUUAUUUAAUUUGCUCAUUUAAAAGCAUGUGAUAAAAAAGAUCUGACACUCGUCAUUUCAUACCAUAUUUUAUUAAACUCGUCCAGAAAAUUCGUUAGUGAGCUCGCCAAAGGCUUGCUAACUAACAAAAUUCCUGAACUUGUUAUCCCCCGCCAUAGGCGGAGGGAUAUUGUUUUGGCAUUGUCCGUCCUUCCGUCUUUCAGUCCGUCCGGAGCCAUAUCUUGAAAGUGCUUUGGCAGAUUUCAUUGAAACUUGGUAUGAGUAUGUAUAUGGAUAAGAGGAUGAUGCACACCAAAUGGCAUUGUACACCAUCUGUUAAUAACGGAGUUAUGGCCCUUUGUAUCUUGAAAAAAUGCUUUUUUGAGUGUCAAAUAUAAUACUUUUGUGUCCAGAAGCAUAUAGGCGGGGGAUAUAAAUUCAACGAAUUUGCUUGUUUUAUAAAAUAUGGUAUGAUAUGACAACUCGUGCCAGAUCCUGUAUAUAAGUAUCUAUUGGUUUUAUUUUUAAAAAAAUCAUGCAUUUAAAGUCUUGUUAGCAGAUAUCAACAAAGUAAAUUGUAGUUAGUACUUUUGCUUUUGCUUUUGUAACAAAUAAUAGUGAAAUUUAUUGACUAAGUAUAAUGUAAAUAGUUAAUAUUUACAACGAUAAUUUAAAGUGUUAUGUGAGGGCUUGAUAUUAAAUUAUAAUAAUUA